UUUUCGUCAACUACUGUUCGUAUAAACUAUCCCUACACAUCUACAACAGAAACCACACUGGCCCAACAAACCAUGUCCCCCGUAGAAGGAUCACCAGCCAAGCCAGAGGACUAUCCUCACUUUAUGAGCGUUGCCCAUGAACAAGCCUUAAAGAGCCUUUCGGAGGGCGGUAUCCCCAUCGGCGCCGCUUUGGUCCACCUUCCUACCUCCCGUAUCAUCUCCCGCGGACACAACAACCGUGUCCAGCUCUCGUCCAACGUCCGACAUGGAGAGAUGGACUGUCUCGAAAACUUGGGACGGGUACCAGAAGGCUUGUUAAGCGAGUGUGCAAUGUUCACCACCUUGUCGCCUUGCAUCAUGUGCUCCGCAACUUGUAUCCUCUACAAAAUCCGUACCGUCGUUCUCGCCGAAAACGAAAAUUUUUUGGGCGGGGAACAACUCCUCCGUGAUAACGGCGCCAACGUUAUCAACCUCGAUUCUGAAGAGAUUAAAAACAUGAUGAAAAACUGGAUCAACAGUCCGCGGGGUAAAGUGUGGAAUGAGGAUAUCGGAGAGGUCACAGGAUCGUAAUACAGGAAGAAAAAAAAAAAAAAGAGUACAACAGAUUGAGUUU